AUGUUCAGAGAUCGGUUUGCAGAGUUCCAGGUAAACUUGUACUGCUCAACUUUUUGAACGAACUAAUUGCAGGAACGAGCUGGAAUCGAAGCAUCUUCCUCCAGUAGAGUGAUUCGACGUUAUCAAAUUGAAGAAAAUGGUGAAGUUCAAGCGCCGCUCAUCGAUGAAGCUGCAGAUUUCGAAAAUGUAUGUCAUUAUUUAUUAUUUUUUUCAUUUUUUUGCAAAAAAACAAGUUUUGAUUUUUUUAGGCCGCAAAAAGUUUUCAAAGAGUUUUAGAAUCAUAGUUAUAAGUUUCUUUUUUUCUAAAAGCACAAAAAAACAUGGAAAAAGGUGAUAGUUUAAAUUUUUCAUUUAUCAGCCAAAACCAAAGUUUUUUUGUUAAUUGUAUUGCAGAGAUAAAUAAUUAACUAACUGUAUUAUUUGUACAGUUCUUGGAGCGCGUGGGCAACAUCCGAAAAGAGUUGAGCAUUUUGACGGACGACUUCAACAAAAUGACUCAACUCCAUUUAGUUCUUCUAAGCACUCCCGGGGCUGACUCAGGUAGAUGAUUUUAUAGUAUAGACUUCCGGAAACUAUUGAAAAAAAUCCUUGUAAAAUACACAUUUCAAAUAAAUGGAGUUUUCAUGUAAAAAGAAUGUUUUCAAAAAGAGCAGAAAAUGUCAAGAUUUACAACUUUUCAGGUUAAUUUUUUUGGAAUUCACAAAAGAAUCUUUUUCUUAUUGAAAUUUUUUUAUAAGCGGUUAAAUUGAAUUUUAUUCACAGAAUCAAAUUAUGAAAAAAAAAAUGGGGAUGAAUUUUCGUAGGAGUUGGUUCAUGAUCACUCAGAUAUAUAAUGAGAAAAAGGGUCGAGUCGGAAAAAAAGUCGUUUAUAAAAAAAGACGAAUGCUUCAAAAUAAAUGUGUUUUUUUUUUUUCAGAACAAGUGCAAAUUUUGAACGCUUGCGUUGACAGAUUCGUUCAAAGAUCAAAGCUUCUCAAAGAUUCAGUCAAAAGUAUGGAAUUGAUGGAGUUCAAAAAAUCAUUAAUUUUUUCAGUUAUGGACGACGAAGUCAAAAAUAAUCCAGGAACUUGUGGUAUUCCAAGAGCCAAGAAGGAGCAGGUUUUGAUAUUUUGAAACAAGAUAUCGGUUAUCUCUAUUAUUCGCAGGUUUAUGCCAUUGAAAAAUCCCUAGUAACCUUGCUAGGAAAGUUCAACGCAGAGCAAAUUGACUACAAAGAAAAAGCAGUCAAGAAAAUUACAGAAUAUUUGAGAAUAAGUGAGUUUCUUUCUUUCGUUAUAAAACUUGAAAUUUUUUUUCUCAGAAGACAUCGAGGUUCCGGAUGAUGAAAUCGCUGAAGCCGUCUCUUCAGGAAACAUUUCUGAUCUUACUAAAGGCGUCAGUUUUAUGUUUUGAUGAACAGAGACUUAUUUUUACACAAAGUUAAACUUGAUUUUCAGGUUAUCUUGGGGUACAACGAGAAAAAAGCGCUGUAUCAAGAUGUUAAAUCUCGAGCUGACGAGCUCAAGCAGUUGGAAGCAAGUAUUCGAGAGUUGGCGGACAUGUUUCAUGAUCUUCAUCUUCUCGUUGUUAGCCAGGUAACUUUUAUUUUUUAUGGUUUAAAAGCUUUGAGAAGACAAUUUAUGAUAUCAUUCAGGACUAGAAAUAUAUAAAGACUCUCUUGUUCCGCAUCAGAGUGAAGUAACAGAAAUUUGUGAAAAACAUUGAAAAUUUUUUGAGAGUGCUUCGAAGUUCACCCCAACUAAUUUUUAAAACUUCACCUAGUUGGGCUGAAAAGGAUAAUAAGUUUUGAAAUUGGAAAACGGUCUAUCACCUUUUUGAAAGCCGUUAUUUUUUUAUUAGAAAAAAAUUCCUUCUGAGAUAUUUUUUUGAUAGAUAUCCAACAAUUUCUCUAUGAAAUUUGAAGGACUUUCCAAUUACAAUUGAAAAAAAGCCAAGUUUGGUUUUGAGUCUUUCAGUGUUUUCGAUGUUCAUAUAUUGCUCUAUUGAUACACUUUCAAUUAAUAGAAAAUGAUCACCAGUUUUUUUUUCCCAAUCGUCAAAAGUUCCUGACCAUUUUAAUUUAGGGAGAGAUGUUAGACCGCGUGGAAACGAGCGUUGCAAACGCCACGGACUACGCCGAGCGAGCAAAAGGCAACGUUCAAGAAGCCCGGAAACUGCAGAAAAGGGCUCGAAAAAUGAAAGUCAUCAUGCUCAUUGGAGCCAUCGUUGCCAUAAUCCUCUUGCUCAUUUUCCUCCAAGGUCUCGUCUGUCAUUUCACACCUAUUUGUUAA